CGCCCAUCACCCAUCCAUAUCAGGCACAGGGACCUUCUAUCUCUCAGAGACUUGCAAGUUGAGUUUUCGCUGACAGGUUUCCAUUGCAAUGACAGGGAACACUCUCCACUGGAUCGGCUAUUCCUGCUCGCAGCAAGCCUCCGAUAAGCGCUAGGCUGGGGUGGGAUUGAACAGCAGCGAGCUCGCCCGAUAAGCUGCUCAGCUGCGCCAUCACCAUGCGCUCAGACUUAUUGGAUGAAGCACCUUUUGAGGAAACUUAAUGUGACACCAUUUAUAGAUGUCCGACUCAUGGCGACCAUCCUGAAAUAUUCCAGCUCCACCUGGCCUGCAGGGAAUACGAAGUACGAGCACAUUGGGCAUACAUUUAUCAGCAUCAGGCUGGAAACAGGACAAUAAAGAGUCCGAUUCCCUGCCAAGCUAUUUCCUGUGACAUAAAGAGGUGGAAGACGUCCUGCGAUGUGACCGAGAAUAUGUCUCACAAAGUUCCCAGCACGCAACAUGUUCUCUGUCAUCACACAUCAGAUUCAGUCCUGCUCUCUUCGUCUGGUUCAAAAGAGACUGCGGCAACUUUCAGCUGCUGUGAAACUGGUCUCACGGGUGAAUGGUGAAAAGGAAGACCUGUACGACGACCCAACGAUCCCGGAUACCAACAAGGCGGUUAUCUACAUCAACCAUGUGAACUUCUGGAACAGGGUGAUCUCGGAUUUUGACUUGGGAUUCGCAGAGGCAUACAUGCUCCAAGAAAUAGACUGCGACCACUUGAGCAGGGUAUUCGAUUUAUACAUCCAAAACCGCACAGCCAUUGACUCCGGCACUUCAAUCUUCCAAUUCCUUCCUCGGUUAGCCCAGUGGUGGAGACCCAGAAACAACAUCGACAAUGCACGCACCAACAUCGCUUCACACUACGACACCUCGAAUGGAUUGUUCACAAAUUUCCUUUCCGCAGACAUGAAUUACUCCUGCGCACACUGGUCCAACGAUCCCACAGAACCCCUCCACGUUGCGCAACGACGCAAGAUCUACUACAUGAUCAAAAAAGCCCGAGUGCAAAGCAACCACCACUUGCUAGACAUUGGCUGCGGAUGGGGAGAUCUAAUAAUCGAAGCGGCGCGUAAAACCGGCUGCCAAGCGACAGGCCUUACGCUUUCCGAAGAGCAGAAGAGCCUGGCAGAUGAGCGGAUCAGGGACGCAGGGCUGCAGGAGCGUGUCCGCGUACUACUCUGCGACUAUCGCAAUGCACCAAAACCGGAAGAGGGAUAUGAUCAGAUUAUCUCUGUCGGGAUGUUCGAGCAUGUUGGACCGCAGUAUUUGGAUGAGUACUUUGGAGUGAUUCUGCGGUUGUUGAAGCGUGAACAUGGGGUCGUGGUAAUUGAUGGCAUUACGAAGAUUCACCCGUUUCAUGAGAGCAAUCCCCGCGUGGGCGACUAUAUCGAUCGCUACGUCUUCCCUGGCGGAUACCUUCCGACGCCGAACAUACUGCUUGAAUCGCUGCAUCGGGGCAGCAGAGGGGAUUUGGAAGUGUCUUCGAUCAUAAAUACUGGACCACAUUAUGGAAGAACUCUGCUAGCGUGGAGAGACAACUUCGUAUCGAAUUGGGAACACAUCCGGUCUGACUUUUGCGUGCGGUAUCCGGGCGCGGCGGAGAAGGAGAUAGAGGCUUACCGUCGGCGAUGGAUGUACUACUUUGAAUAUUGCGAAGCUGGGUUUCGUAAUUGGAUCCUGGGCAAUUAUACAAUUUGUGCGAUGCGCACCCCAGAGGUGGUUGUUGAUUAUGGAACGCUUGAGACUUGCGAUGCUUAACAUAUUUAUUUAUUUAGAGGUAG